GAUCGGUGAUAAAGCAAGAUGGCGUCUGACGGAGAAGGCCUAAACGCGGGCAUUAUAUUUCUGUAUUGUUACAUAUAUGUUGUUUAAUAGAGUACACACGGUUAAUAAUUGUUUGUAGCAGGAUACAUUAGUCUGAGUGCACUUUGACACUUCUCCUGUUUUCUAGCUUCACUUAAGAUAGCUUGCAGCUAGUUUAGCUGGCUAGUUAGCUUAGCUUGUUAGCUGCUAACAAAGAGACGCGGAAGUUAUUUAAACAUCGCUAAGUAGGGAACUAAUGUGAGUGUAAAGUGUUGUGAUUGUGUGAAAAUGUGUGAAAGAACGAUGGCAGAGUAUGAGGAGGAACUUUGUCCAACAAAAGAGGCGAACGAGCGACAACAUCAACUGCUGGAUGUUUAUUAUAAGAAACAUCAUCAAGUUGUGUUACACAGACCAGACAUCUGUGAAGAACAACUUCUGCCUGAAAAACAGGAGUGUAGCUUCAGGAUGGUGAAGGAGGAUCCAUCAAAAAGGAAGACCAGGUGCCACGGACCCUCUGGCGUCUCCUUUUCCUCUUUGACACAGACCCUUCCCUGUAAAAAGGAAGAGGAAGACUCACUGACGCCCCACAUUAAAGAGGAAGUGGAGGAACACCGCAUCAGUCAGCCUAAAUUGUUGGAGGAGUUCCCAGUGACUGGUGUCCCUAUGAAGAGUGAAGAUGAUGAGGUCAAAGGUGAAAGUGAGGAGAAGAGAGAGGCGGAGCCUCCAAGCAGCAGCUCAACACAACACAUGACAACAGAAGCUGAUGGAGACCACUGUGGAGGAUCACAAGCAGACAAGCUCUUAGCUCCACUAUCAGAUAGUGAGGACACAACAUCACACUCUCCUGACACUGAUGAUGAAGACUCUAAAGAUGAUAAGACAUGUCACACUGACAACACUCACUUGAAAUGUUCUCACUGUGACAAAACCUUUAAAUACCACAGUGAUCUGAAAACACACCUGAGAAGACACACUGGAGAAAAACCUUUUAUCUGUUCAAUAUGUGGUAGAGGUUUUACACGAAGUCAGAGUUUGAAAGUACACAUGAGAAUACACUCUGAAGAAAAACCUUUUAUCUGUUUAAUCUGCAGUAAAGGUUUUGUUCUAAGUAACCAUUUGAAAGUGCACAUGAGAAUACACACUGGUGAAAAACCUUUUAUCUGUUCAAUCUGUGGUAAAGGUUUUAUACAAAGUAACAAUUUGAAAGUACACAUGACAACACACACGGGUGAAAAACCUGUUUCCUGUUCAACCUGUGGUAAAGGUUUUACACAAAGUCAAUAUUUGAAAGUACACAUGAGAACACACACUGGUGAAAAACCUUUUUCCUGUUCAACCUGUGGUAAAGGUUUUACACAUGGUCACCAUUUGAAAGUACACACGAGAACGCACACUGGCGAAAAACCUUUUUCCUGUUCAAUCUGUGGUAAAGGUUUUACAGAAAGUCAACAUUUGAAAAGACACACUAGAACACACACUGGUGAAAAAUCACAUUACUGUUCAAUCUGUAGUAAAGGUUUUGUACAAAGUCAAUAUUUGAAAGUACAUAUGAGAACACACACUGUUGAAAAACCUUGUUCCUGAACAAUCUGUGGCAAAGUAUUUAAAGAAAAUCAGUGUUUGAAAAAACACUAGAACACACACUGGUGAAAAAUCACAUUUCUGUUCAAUCUGCAACAGAAGCUUUUGUCAAUGAUCAAACCUUGUAGCACAAAUGAGAAAACACCCAGGAGAGAAAAUGUUGACUUGCAGUGUGUGUGGUGAAAGAUUGUCUUCUAAGUACCAGUGUAAGAAACACAAGUGUGCUGGUGAGAACAGCAGCAGCAAAUGAAACUGCAGGAUUUGAAAUAAACUGUCAAGACUUUAAUUUUGACUUUCUAACAACAUCAGCACAUAUAACGUGUGACAUUGUUGUGCUUUUGUCAGUUAAGUGCAUACAUUAAUAAGCAACAUUGAGUACUUUUAUUAAAAAUUGAGCAGAACAUUUUGACUGAAAAGGUGAGAGUAAACAGUACAAGACAUAUUUUACAUACAAUAAACAUUUUAUGUGUAUAUAUAUACAUAAUACAAUUUUAGACCUAUUCAUGAUAGUGUUUUUUAUAGGUGUUUGAAAUAUUGAAGCAUUACAUAGUUUUAUUUCUAAUUGUUAAUAAUCCCAUAGAUUAGCAUCUUUAUAUGAUAUACAUAUGUACUGGUUCACAUCUGAAACUUUCUUCUGGACCACUUCAGUAAGCAUAUUAUUAUUUACUUUAUUCAUCAUUUGAACAGUUGUCUUUUAUAGAAUUUUAAAAUGUGUGACUUUAUGAACUAUUUGUUGGGUCUUUAUAAUCCAUUUUAUUAAUUACCUUUAUUACUCUCUUUUGUAAUAUGAUGAUUGUGUUGUGAUUGUUUUAUAUGUAUGUCCCCAGACCUUUAUGCAAUAUAAAAGAGAGAA